ACACAAAAAAAGUAAAUAAAAAAACGGGAUCGAAAAUUGGACCAGACAGGCACACAGGCAGAGCAGAGUGGAGCUGAUAAAAAGUAGCGAUAAAAAUAUCCUCCGCAGCCAUGGUGGGAAAUGAGCGCUUUUCCUUCCAAAAAACCGUCCAGUGUUUGGCCCGUGUACUGGCCAUGAUAAAGCCCACGCCAUGGGAAAAGGUGCAAACACUGUUCAAGUACUGCCCGCAGGAAAAUGCGGCCGGAGUGUUCUGUCUCGAUGCCCGGGCCCAGGAUGCGGUCAUCGCCCUCGGGCUGUACUUCCUGGAGAGUGGCUAUCAGUAUCCGAAGGAAAUCAUCCCCUACCUGCUGCGGCUCGCCAAAGCACUCCCGAAGGCCGUAUGGAUCGAUGACGUCAAGCCCAACAAAAUCGAUAAAAUACCUACGGCGGAAAAGUUUGCCUUCUGCCUGAACAGCCUGCUGUCCGACAUUGCCGUCGGAUGUCCGGAGCAUCGCGAUGAGAUCAUCCUCAUCCAGGUGGAGGUGCUGACAGUCCUAACGAACAUGAUCAAGGGCAGCAAGGAGAGCAGCACGCUGCCCCCGAUCAUCCUAUGCAAAGCGACCGUUCCGCUGCUGCUCGGGCUGAGCCGCUCGAUGGGCCGUUAUGCCGCCUGUGACCCGCCCCUACUCUGCCGCCUCUUUCCAAAGGAUGAAAUACUCGUCAUAAAGUCGGCCGAAACGCCCCUUUCCACGGACGCAAAGGACAGCACAAGCGUGAGCCAGUUCCGCUCGAUCAUACCGCGAUCGAUGUCGGGCAGCCUGUCCGUCGAUGCGGGCGAGACGGAAAAGUCAAUCCACAGCAGCCGGAAGAAGCUCAGCUCGUUCUACUCCGUGCCGUACGAUCCGACGACGUACUUUUUCGCAAAGUAUGGCUCCAGCUUUAACCAGUUCCCGAACAUGCGUUUCUGCGACUCGAUGGAGAAGAACGAUCGGCUCCAGUUUCCGAUCAACCAUCUGCAGACGAUCUUUGCGCUGGCGAAGAAGCUGCUGACGAAGGAGACGCUCGAACAUCUGGACGAACAGGCGGGCGAUAUAUACGCGCUGAAUCAGAUCAAACCGUACGGGUAUAAGAGCUUCUCGGAAACGAUCAAUCUGGUGAUGGUGACGUUGCUGCGCGAGAUACUGCAAAAUCAAACAGACUUACCAACACCCUUCACGAAGGAUGUACAGGAGUUUGUUAAGCGCCUGUUCCUAAUCGGCCAAACCGAGCUGCAAAACAAACAGCACGAUGCCAUCGAUCGUGUGCGCGAUCCUAGCAACAUCGUCGUCAACAAGUACAAGAUCAACGUGAUGGCCAAUGCGGCGUGCGUCGAUUUGCUCGUCUGGGCGAUCGGCGAUGAAACAGUUUUGUCGGGGGAUUUCGCUUUGGACAGGUGGAAGGAGGCCGAUAAGCUGUGCAGUCGGCUGUACCAGAAGCUCAACUCGGUGCUCGGCCACAAGGUGGUGAUGGAUCAUAUGCCGCUGCUAAUGGUUUGCUUGGAGGGAUUGGGCAAGCUGGCGCAAAAGUUCCCCAAUAUUGCGGGCACCUCGAUAUCCUACCUGCGGGACUUCCUGGUCGAUCCGAGCCCAAUCUUAACGAAGCUUCACGUGCAAUCGCAAGCACAAACGAAGAAGGACAAAGAGAACGCUCCUUUCCGAAUCGUGGUACAAGGCUCCGAUUUCAAAGCGUUCGAUCACGCCACCAAACCGAAAGGACUGACCAAGUCCGCCCAGGAAGCGUUCGAAGCGUUGCGCGAUGCAGCGAUCGAAAAUCUGAGCAUCGCGCUACGGGCAGCACACGCCCUCGACCAGUACUGUGUGCCGGCCCUCGUGGCGAACGUGUCCAAUCGCCUAUUUACCGCCGAAAAGCAGGAAAGCGAAUCGAGCCUAGUGUCGCUCAACAUUAUCGUAAUGCUGGGGCACGUGGCGGUCGCGCUCAAAGACACGCCGAAAACGACCAACAACAUAUUGCAGUUUUUCAUCCAACGCUUUUGCAAGGUACCAUCGGAGCAGAAUGUGCUGAUCGUCGAUCAGCUCGGUUGCAUGAUCAUCUCCAAGUGUGAGCCGCAGGUGUUUGAGGAGAUUAUGAAAAUGUUCUCGCGCGUCACCGUGCAGGCCGCGUCGCUCGCUUACUCGACCAAUCCGGAGCAAAGUGUUUACAGGAAAUCGUACCACCACGUGUCGGAUGCGGUCGUCAAUGCGCUCGCGAACAUUGCCGCCAACAUACAGGGCGAGCUGGAGAUGCUGGACCUGCUCGGGAAGCUGCUGGAGCUGUUCGUGCAGAUCGGGCUGGAGGCGGAACGGUCCUCGGACAGUACGUCCGGUGCGCAGAAGGCUAGCUCGAGUGCGGGCAACCUCGGCAUGCUGAUUCCAGUGAUUGCGGUCUUGGUGCGACGACUUCCACCGAUCAAAAACCCAAAGCAGCGCCUGCACAAGCUGUUCAAAGACUUCUGGCUGUACUGCGUGGUGAUGGGCUUCACCAAUUCGCGCCUCUGGCCGUCCGACUGGUACCAGGGCGUGCAGCAGAUAGCGGCCAAAUCGCCCCUGCUCAUCUCCCAGACUGCGCACCGGUCGGAGAUGCGCGAGCUAAACUACACCUCCGCCAUCCGGUCCGGCAGCGUUAGCUUGAUGGAGCUGCGCAACCAAAUACUGCUGCUGCUCGACCACCCGCCCGCGGACAUCACGGCCUGCAUCAACAAGCUCACGUUCGCGCAGUGCGCCUACCUGCUGAGCGUGUACUGGCUGGAGAUAUUGCGGGUGGAGAACGCGUCUGAGCCGAGCCUGGAACCGAUCCUGAGCUACCUGUGCGAUAAUGCGCUGCUGAAGGACAAGUACGGCAUGUGGCAGUGUGUGCGCUGCAUUGGCGAUCAGGUGUUCGAGAAGUUCCGCAGCGUGCUGCUGGCGCAGGACUCGGUGCGCGAGAAGGUGCUCGAAUCGCAGGCGAUGCUGCUGCUCGUCUACUUCAACCACAUCCACAAGCAAAUUCAGCUGGUGGCGGACCAGUACCUGUCCCAGCUGGUCGACAAGUUCCCGCACCUGCUCUGGAACCGGAAGGUGCUGUGGUGCAUGCUGGACGUGCUGCAGCUGCUAGCGUUCUCGCUCACGCUCGACCCGAACGAGGAGACGCCGACGCUGCGUGUCAACUCGACGCCCUACACGCUGCAGCUGAUGGAUAGUUUGCCGGCGCGGGAAAGCCGCGUGAAGGAUUUCGCCGACCGGUGCCAGGGCAUCGUGAAUGAGGCGAUGAAAUGGGCACCGAAAUCAACGCGCAGCCAUCUGCAGGAGUACCCGAAUCAGGUGCCAUCGACGAGCCUUUCGAACCACAGCGGCUUGGCGCUGGCCGUUGAUUCGAUUUUGCACACGUGGGUAGCGAACGCAACGAUUCCGACGGCGACAAAGCGACCGCACUGCGUUAACAGUGACACUUCGAAGUUUGUGUCGGUGCUUUGCUUGCGCAGCAAGUACGCGGGUGAGAUUUCCGGCCUGCUGUCCGUGCUGGAGGAUGAGGAGAAGAAGGGACUGGCCGAUCGGCUCGUGCGGGAUGUGUGGGACGCUUGUGCGGAGAAGAGCGACCCGAAGCAUCGUGGAGCGUUGUGGCGCGCGACCGCCUACUUGAUACUGUGCUCGAGCGCUAACCGGAAGCUGCUGCACGCGAUCUCCUCCUCGCAGGUGCAGCUGUUCACCGAGAGCGCGAUGGAGACGGCGGUCGAGUGCUGGCAGUGGAUUCUGACCGCCCGGCAGGAUCUGGAGCUGUGCUUCAUACAGGAGAUGGUGACCGCGUGGCAGACGACGUUCGACAAGCGCAUGGGGCUGUUUUCGGAGGAGCACGAUGUGACGAGUCCGCUCGCUGCGUACGAAGGCUGUCGGUUGGUGCCGAAGCCAAUCGUCGUUGCGCCGCAUCUGAUCUGGCUGCAGCUGCUAUCGGAGAUGGUCGACACGGCCAAGUACUGCAACCGGGACAAGGUGGAAAUGUUUUGUAUGCUGCUUCACCGCUGUCUACCGUUCAGCAGGGAUUUCAAGCAAAAUCGGCACAUCUCCACCGUGGGGUGCCGGUUCAAGCUGCUCCAGUGUGGACUGUCGCUGCUGCAGGGCAACACCAUUCCCAAAUCGCUUGCGCGCAACAUACUGCGCGAGCGGAUCUACGCUAACGCGCUCGAUUACUUCUGCGGGCCGCAGCUCUGCCCGAGCCAGCCACGCGAGGCGCUGCUCGAGGACAUUGCGAUACUGCUCAAGUUCUGGCAGACGAUGCGCAGCGAGAAGAAGCAUCUCGUCGCGUCGGAGGUGAGCGAUUACGAGCUGCACACGGCGUCGGUCAAUCUGUCCGUGCAGAAGGUGUCGCUGGAUACGGUUUCGCUGGCCGGUAGUGAGGUGGCCCGUUCGACGAGCAGCGGUAAUGCCGGCUGGUACAACACGAUCCCGCACUCGACGUCGACGCUUUCGAAGCGAUCGGCACGCAUCAAGCGUCCACCGUACCCGAAGGAUGCGUACGAUAAGGAUUACAUGAAGAAGCGCAAUUUGAUUCUGGAGCUGCUGGCCGUUGAGAUUGAGUUUAUGCUGAUUUGGGCCAAUCCACUCGCCCUGCCCGAGCUGCAAAUCCCGGGCGAAGAGUCCGUGGCGGAGUGGAGGGCACGUCCGAUGAAGCUGAACGUUUGGCGUGACUUCACGCGGUUGGCUUGGUCGUACAAUCCGGCGCUGGCGGUGUUUUUGCCUCAGCGCAUCCGCAAUGCGGAAACGAUCGAGGACGAGGUGACCCGGUUGGUCUGUUCGGACCCGAUGGCAGCGGUGCACAUUCCCGAGGCGCUCAAGUAUCUCGUCACCACCAAGACGGUGCUGAACGAAGCGCCCGAGCUGGUGUACAUGCUGACGUGGGCGCGGGUGAACCCGAUACAGGCGCUGUCGUACUUUUCACGCCAGUAUCCGACCCAUCCGCUGACGGCGCAGUACGCGGUGAAGACGCUCAAUUCGUACCCGGCCGAAGCGGUCCUGCCGUACAUUCCGCAGCUGGUGCAAGCGUUACGACACGAUACGAUGGGUUAUGUGACGGAGCUGAUCAAGCACAUCUCCAAACGGUCGCAAAUUGUGGCCCACCAGCUCGUUUGGAACAUGCAGACCAACAUGUACAUCGACGAGGAGAUGCACCAUCGUGACUCACUUUACGACGCACUGGAAUCGCUCUCGCAAAACAUCAUCUCGUCCCUGUCCGGCCCGGCCAAGCGGUUCUACGAGCGGGAGUUUGAUUUCUUCGGCAAAAUUACCGCCGUCAGCGGCGAGAUUCGCUCGUUCCCGAAGGGCCAGGCGCGCAAGAAGGCCUGCCUGGAGGCGCUCAGCCGCAUCAAGGUCCAGUCGGGCUGCUACCUUCCCUCGAACCCGGAAGCGAUGGUGCUCGACAUCGACUACAACAGCGGCACACCGAUGCAGAGUGCGGCGAAGGCGCCGUACCUUGCCCGGUUCCGCGUGCAGCGCUGCGGCAUCACCGAGCUGGAAACGAUGGCGAUGGAGGUGUCGAACAAUCCGGACUCGCAGAUCGACGGGCCGCGCCUCAACUCGCUUGGGCCGGAAGCGUGGCAGGCGGCCAUCUUUAAGGUCGGUGACGAUGUGCGGCAGGACAUGUUGGCGCUGCAAGUGAUUUCGAUCUUCAAGAACGUGUUCCAGCAGGUUGGGCUGGAGCUGUACCUGUUCCCGUACCGUGUCGUCGCCACAGCGCCCGGGUGUGGUGUGAUCGAGUGUGUGCCGAACGCGAAAUCACGCGACCAGCUGGGCCGGCAGACCGAUUUUGGGUUGUACGAGUACUUUCUGCACCAGUACGGGGACGAAACGUCCAAAGAGUUCCAGUCGGCCCGCAGCAACUUUGUCAAAUCGAUGGCCGCCUACUCGGUGAUCGGGUACCUGCUGCAGAUAAAGGAUCGCCACAACGGCAACAUCAUGAUCGACAAGGAUGGCCAUAUUAUUCAUAUCGACUUUGGCUUCAUGUUUGAAUCGUCCCCGGGUGGCAACAUUGGCUUCGAGCCGGAUCUUAAGCUCACGGACGAGAUGGUGAUGGUGAUGGGGGGCAAGAUGGAGGCGGCCCCGUUCAAAUGGUUCUGCGAUCUGUGCGUCCAGUCGUUCCUCGCGAUUCGCCCGUACCAGGACGCGAUCGUGACGCUGGUGUCGCUGAUGCUCGACACCGGGCUGCCCUGCUUCCGAGGGCAAACGAUCACGCUGCUGAAGCAGCGGUUCGUGCCGACCAAGAACAGCAAGGAGGCGGCCGCCCACAUGCUCGGCGUGAUACGCAACUCGUACCAAAACUUCCGCACGCGCACGUACGACAUGAUCCAGUAUUAUCAGAAUCAAAUUCCAUACUAGAAAGUGGGACGGCGGGGGAUGGUAGGAUAAGGGGAAGAAAAUUGCCGUAUAAAUUAAUCCAUUCGUGUUGGGCUUGUAGGGUAGGGUGCUGGGAGGAGGGGUUCUACGUUUAUAUGUUGUAUCGUUACCAAAGGUAUGUGUUGGGGAAGGCGGGGGUGGGCCAUUGCGUAGGCAAAAACAAUGACAAGACCGCACACCGUGCGCGUGUCACUAUAGAUCAAAUCUGUUUAAUAGUGUGAUUUAGCCAAUUGUCGGUGUGGUAGACAUGUAUUACUCUUGUUACUAUUUUCUCGCUCUCAUUGUUGAAACGAAGGAUAACGAAAUCCUUAAAAUACACGGAACAUAAUCCUUCACAA